CAGCCCAUAAGAAAAACCUGAUUCCCAAGCAACGCGAAGCCGAAGCUCAACACCAAAACAAACCUGAGCCUCGAUAAUCUCUAGCCCCUAUAAACAUGGCAUUUAAUAACAGGGCAAAACUGGAUGUCCCCAAAGGCUUUAGAAAUCUUCUUGAGGGCUUAACACUCGAAGUGCUGCGAGUAAAACCUACAAACAUACCAAAAUUUGCAGCAGAGUAUUUCAAAGAGAGACUCGUCUUACGACAAGAGAGAGGUUACGAUGAAUGUCUUCUUGGUUCACAAAUUGACGGGUUUUACCACUACGAACCAAACAGACCUGAAAACACCAACAAAUUGCUUGACAUGACGGUACAAGAUAGCUUGAAGAGCACUAGUGUUCAACCUCCUCCCACAUCUGCAACGACUUUGAGCGAAGACGAGGCUGCGUUAAAAAUUCAGGCUGGUUUCCAUGGCUACAAGGUGCGCCAGGAAAUCGAGCUUCAAAACCGUUCAGCGGAGAAAAUUCAAGCUGGUUACCGUGGUUACGCGUGUCGUAAAGACAUCAAGAAUAAAAACGAGGCUGCGAGUAAAAUUCAAGCAGGAUUCAGAGGACAGCGAGUGAGGAGAGGUAAAGAGACAGCUGGACAAGAUCAUGAGGAAACUGGAAAAGAAUACCAAACAAGACAAACUGGGUUUCAGGAUGAGAACGUAGCGGCGACCAAAAUUCAAGCAGGAUUCCGAGGUUAUCAAGCGAGAAAAGGGACAAAGACGAAUGGAGAAAAUACGAGGCAAGCUAAGAUUGAAGAUGAGAACGAAGCGGCGAAUAAGAUCCAGGCAAGGUUCAGAGGUUACCAGGUGAGGAAAGGAAGAGGAAGUCAAAGUAGUAUGAAGAAGAUUCUUGGCACUUCUCUUUCUAGUAGUCACUGUAAUGGAGAAAAGUUGCAUGAAAAACUGCCCGACAAAGAGGAGGCAGCAAAGAGAAUACAGGCAGGGUACAGGGGAUACCGGGACCGAAAAGAAAUAGCGCGCCAAAAUAAGGCUUCUAGUAAGAUACAAGCUGGUUAUAGAGGCUAUAAAGAUAGAAAAGAACUGAAAAUGAAAAAGGGAGCGUCUGUUAAAAUCCAAGCAGCAUAUCGUGGUUAUCAUGAUCGAAAAGAACUCGAGACAAAACACAAAGCAUCAACAACCAUCCAAGCUGGUUAUCGCGGGCACAAGGUCAGGAAAAUCAAGAUCAACCAAUCAGAAGCGGCUGUCAAAAUACAAGCACAGUAUCGAGGCUACAGGGUUCGCAAAGGAAUUAAAUCUGGUGGAGAAACCUUAAACAAAAACCAAAUCAAACUGCUAGACAUUGCACAUCAAGACAGUAGAUUUUCGUUCAGCUUGCCCCAAGAAGAUGUUAAAUUUGAAGGAAAUUUGGAUAGUGACAGUGAUACGGAUAUUGAUAAAGUAGUGAAUAAAAUAGAAGCAAAGAAAACUGAAAUAAAAGAAGACAAGAAAGACGAUGCUAACGGUGAUAAAAAUCAGGUCUAGCAGCUUCUAUCAGGGCCGCAGAUACCACGUAGAGGUUCCUCUUUUGAUUCCACUUGGGACUCCGGAACUACUGCGGUCGGAAAGCUUUGGGGAAAACGUUGAAAAAUACUCCAAAAAUCCCUCCGAGGCAGUGGUCGGUUGAACUGAAUACUUUAUAUAUUCUAAACAAAACUUUAUUUCAUUCAAGUCGACACUUACAAUGCUUAUCACAGAAAUUGCAGGAGAAAAGUGUGCCUUUUAGCUUUCUGGGUGACCUACUUUUAAGAAACACGUUUUCUACAUUAAACUAUCAAAGGGUCUCCAUCUAACAAUGGCGUUAAACAACACCUUUCCAAUUCGUGGAACAAGAGUUUCACACAGACAGACAUAUAUGGACAUACCCAGGACUGGUCUUUCAAAAAGUACAUAAGCAGAUCUGCAAGCGCAUUAUGGUGGGGUAGAGAAGCAAAACGAGAAGAAAUUAACGCGGUCAUAAUCAAUUCGAUCUUUACUUAUUUUUUAGUCUUUCACAAUAAUUCUUCCUAAAACUAUAGCCUUUAACAGCAAAACAAGUAACUUGAUUUGCGUCGAGCACAAUUCGCAUGACAAAAUGAAACAGGACGACACGGUCACGGUGGGGAAGUCACGACAACCGUCCAACCAAUCAGAGUGCGAGGUCAAUCAUUCUUCAUCCAAUUAGAAUGCUCAAACACGCUGCCGUCAAGGCCCAGUUCUUAACAUUUAUACGCAGUUUACUCCAAAACUAUUUAGUAUUGAUACAGACAACUUACCAACUGGUUCACAGGCUCUUUGAUAAGUUAUGAAAAGAAGCUGGUAAGAAGCUGAAGUAAUUACUGGUUUAAACAAGAGAUUAUCUUCGAAUAAUAAGUUUUUAUGUCACAUUCAUUUACUUUGCUACAAAAAAUCCAUCGAUCAGACAAAUUUUCAUCGUUUUCUCAAUUUUAUACACGUUUUCGUACGAGUAGGAAACAUGAAACGCUCUUGAAUGGCUUCCGCUCUUAGCCAAUCAAAACUCAAGGCACAAAUCAUCCAAUCACAGCGCUUCGUUUUUGUUUCCUACUGAUAAGAAGCCUGCUUACUGCAGGAUGUAACAAUAGCUGAACGAUAUUAUCCUAUGAUCUAUAUGAUAUUACAAUACACGUGCUUAGCAGAAACUUAUAAGGGACUUAACCCCCUUGUGAGUUUGUGUGCUUAGUCAAAACAGAAAUUUACGGUUUGACCUUUUAUAAUGAAUUUACAACGAUCAAAAACUUAGCUAAAUUUCUCUAGAAAAUCAAAGUCCCUUCAGCCCACCCUUGUAUACUCUACGAUGCUAUCAUCAGUCUGCUAUUAUCUAUUACCUAGUACGUGGUUCUAUAGAUAAUAGCAUACAACUCUUGUGAAGCUUCUGAUAUUAAAUAAAAUAAAUUAUAGAUUUUCAGAA